CACACCGCGGGGCGUGGUCGAUCCCCAGAAGGGCCCGCUGGGAGGACGGGGAAAAGAGCAUGCGCGGAAGCCCUUAAGCGUCCGCGCCGAGGCGGCUUCUGGACCAUGGAGGAGAAUCAGGGCCAAGAUGAGGACCCGGGUCGUAAGCCGUCGGUGUUGUUCCUACACCCGGACCUUGGCGUGGGCGGCGCCGAGCGGCUGGUGCUAGACGCGGCGCUGGCGCUGCAGGCCCGCGGAUGCAGCGUGAAGAUCUGGACCGCGCACUACGACCGGGGCCACUGCUUCGCCGAAAGCCGCGAGCUGCCGGUGCGCUGCGCCGGGGACUGGCUGCCGCGCAGCUUGGGCUGGGGCGGCCGCGGCGGCGCGGUGUGCGCCUACCUGCGCAUGAUUUACCUGGCGCUCUACGUGCUUUUCCUCAGCGACGAGGAGUUCGACGUGGUCGUGUGCGACCAGGUGUCUGCCUGUAUCCCAGUGUUCAAGCUAGCCAGACGGCGUAAGAAAAUCUUGUUUUACUGUCAUUUCCCAGAUCUGCUUCUCACCAAGAGAGACUCUUUUAUUAAACGCCUAUACAGGGCUCCAAUUGACUGGAUAGAGGAAUACACCACCGGCAUGGCAGACUGCAUCUUGGUCAACAGCCGGUUCACAGCUGCCAUUUUUAAGGAAACAUUCAAGUCCCUGUCUCACAUAGACCCUGAUGUUCUCUCUCCAUCACUGAAUAUUACCAACUUUGAUGGAGCUGAUCCUGAAAAGCUUGAUGACCUAGUCCCCAAGGGGAAAAAAUACCUGUUCCUCUCCAUCAACAGAUAUGAAAGGAAGAAAAAUCUGACUUUGGCAUUGGAAGCCCUAGUCAAGCUGCGUGAAAGAUUGUCAUCCCAAGAUUGGGACAAAGUUCACCUGAUCAUGGCAGGUGGUUAUGACGAGAGAGUCCUGGAGAACGUACAGCACUAUCAGGAAUUAAAGAAAAUGGUCCAGCAGUCUGACCUAGGCCAGUAUGUGGCCUUCCUGCGGUCUUGCUCUGACAAACAGAAAAUCUCACUCCUCCAUGGCUGCACAUGUGUGCUUUACACACCAAGCAAUGAGCACUUUGGCAUCGUCCCUUUGGAGGCCAUGUACAUGCAGUGUCCAGUCAUUGCUGUUAAUUCAGGUGGGCCCUUAGAGUCCAUCGUCCACGGUGUCACAGGAUUUCUGUGUGAGCCGGACCCAGUGCACUUCUCAGAAGCAAUAGAAAAGUUCAUCCAUGAACCUUCCUUAAAAGCCACAAUGGGACUGGCUGGAAGAGCCAGGGUGAAGGAGAAGUUUUCCCCUGAAGCAUUUGAAGAACAACUCUACCAAUAUGUCACCAAACUGCUGGUAUAAUCAGAUUUUUUAAUGUCAUUAUUCUGUAUUCAUCCCUACAAUAUUUGUAGAUUGUGGACCCACUUUUGAAACCAAAGAAAAACCCUCAUAUUUAGUGCAAAAUAGAUUUUUUUUUAAAUAUACUUAAAUCUUGACUCUGAGCUACCUUCCUAGAGCUCAUACCUCCCCAUCUACUUUUUUAGAAAAAACAGUAUCAGAGUUACCCUGGUUGCAGUGGGUUAAGGAUCCAGCACUGUCACUGCAGCAGCUCUAGCCGAUGCUGUGGCAUGGGUUCAGUCCCUGGCCCUGGAAUUUCUGCAUAGUACAGGUGCAGCAAAAAAAAAACAACUUGUUUUUAUGCUAUGAUAAUUCUGAAUCUUAGUAGUAUUGAUUAAAUAUAAAUAUGGUAAGAUUUGACGUUCAGCAGCAUAUUUUAGUUAUAUUUUCUCUAGAUUAUUGUUGCCCUGCCUAUAAAUUUUUAGUCAUAUUGUGCCUUACUUGGUUUUAAUACUUUAAAUAUAUCAUCAUCAAAGUUGAUUAACUUGACUUCAUAGCAUAAUGAGAAGACCCACAAUGUAGUUACCAAAAUCAGUCCGCUGACCACUGUUGGGAAAUUUUUAUCUGUCAUACCUUUGCCUGAAUCCAUAGCAGGAAUGCUCUGUGUUGUUUUUUUAUUGUUGUUUUUUUUACUAAGAUGAUUUAUUGUGUUUUUGAACACAGUCAUGACAAUAAAAGAUGUUUAUGCUGGGAAAAGACAAAAUACUAAAUGUUGGCGUCCAUGAUCUAUGUGGUGUUAGGAAUGUAGACAGCCAGGCCUGAAAUCAGAAACCAGAGUUAACCGGAUAUUGGAAUGAAUGGCUAUUGUUAUGCAUGAGGUGUUCAUCUUGUUUAGAGUUCAUUUCAAAGUGUCAUCUGAGUCAUCAGCUUUGUUAAUAUUCGUGUUUUAUUAAGUUAUUAACUAAGUUUCUAAAACAUAUAAGACACAAAUGCUUUUUAUCCUUUAAGGCCUGCCCUCACGGCUGUGAAGCUUUCCUUGAACCCUCCACCUACUCCUGAACUGAAAAUGACCUUCCCACCCAUGUACUCUGGCCCUCUCAUGUCAGUGACCAUUCUUAGAGUUCAUUAUUUACCUGUUGAUCUAAAUACAAAUAAACCUAAAGCACUUUU